AUGGAGGGGAGAGAAAAGCCGCCGCCGCUGCAAACGAAGCGACUGGGAGUGCCUGAGGGCGCGUCGGCGGAGAUCCGUCGCUUUCACUCGAUCGGAAAAGAUGUUCGCGACAAUGUCAGACAUUUUCGCGCCGAGAGAGCGCCCGCUUUUUGGAGAGGCAGAGAAAAAAACGGCGACCCGAAGAUUGUCAUCCAGCUCGAUGUGGGCUACCAGACGUGUUGCGGGUCAUUCGAGGAGGAGACGCUGGAAGCACAAAGCGAGGGAAGAGCCUGCAGAAACAGGGGGAUACCUGCUGUUUUGGGGUGAGGAAGGAGGAUCUGUCUGGAGCAGGUUGAUGACGAAAAGAGGCUGCUAUUAGAGAUCCGCGGGCGAAAGUAAUGGCGGUUCGGCGGGGAUUGCAGGAAACAGAACGUGACUAAAGCGAUUGCAAAGAAAACAGAAUGUGAGGAAAAGGUCUAGGUGAGUUUCAGAGCAUGUAAAAUUUUUGGGUAUGGCAAGGGCGGAUCGAAAAAAAUUUGGCCAAAAAAUGGAAAGUUGAAGAUGAAAUGGCAAAAAAUGAUGAGAAACAAAUAAAAAUUGUAAAACUUGGAUAUUGCAAAUAUUUUAGACAACAUAUCACAUCAAUAGCAAGAAAUUUUGAUAAUGAAUUCACGAGUUUUCGUUGGAAUUUUUCUUGUUUUUUAGUAAUCAUUUUAAAAAAUGGCAAAAAAUCACUUUUCUCUUUAAAAUCUAGUUGCCUUGAGGCUAUAAGUCACUUAAAAUUCUCUUAAAACCCUCUGAAAACAAGGUAAAAGCCAAUAAAAUCCCCUAACCGCGCAAAAUCCUUACCAUUUUUUACAAUUGACUCUAUUUUCACAACCGCCGACAUUAACACCAGAAAUCAAAACUACGAUUUGCUUUUCCCAACCACCUAAACCCCCAUUCUUAGUCCGACUGACUGAGAGUUUACUACUUUUGACUUCUUUUCCCUUUUUCCGGUUGCCCUUUUAAGAUCUGGGUAAGAUCAAGUUCAAAGUGAAAAGCCGAGGGGAGAAGUCGGAAGAGCGCAAGAUAUAAAGUGGAAUAUAGGAUGUUUGAGAUCCGCUCCUUGAUUUGGGAGGUCUGUGAGAUAUUUGUAAUCCAGGACAGUUUAUGCAGGAGGAUUUCAAAAGCUUAAUGUGUGAUUUUUGGCCAAGAAAUUUCUGGAUUUUGAUGAAACUUGAAGAAAGAUUCUUAAUUUGUAAUUCGCUCACACUAUCAAGAUUUUUAACCCACAUCCCCCGGGAAAAUUGACCUUUUUCUCUGACCGGCUCUCCUCAUUUUCCAUAGUUCUUUGGUUCAGUAUCUUGGCGGCCCCUGCUAAAUGUAGGCUAGAAUUUCCAAACCCCUGUGUGUAGCCUGUGCGAAUCUUACAAGCUAAAUUUUAAGCAAAGCAAAGAUGUAUCCGGCAAUCAAUGGCCUUUUGAAAUUUUUAAGUUUCAGUAUACCAGGUUUUGGAUCUUAAUUUUGGUCCAUCUUCUUGCCUAGGUCGUUGUAUUUGUUGCCUCUAUUAAAUACAGUAUCCAGCCUUCUUCGUUCUUUGCUUGGAGCCUCCUAUCUAGCCUAGAACCGCAUAUCUCAUCCUUUCCAUGUAUAGGUCCCAUUACUAGCCCUUUCUUUGCUUGGGACCCCAUAUCUAGCCCGUUCUUCCCAUAGACUUCAUUUCCAGCCCCUUUUCUUGCUUGUAGUCCCAUAUCGAACCUUUCUCUCUUCGUAGAUCCCAUUCCUACCGUUUUCUUUACAUGGAGCCCUAUAUCUAGCCCCAUCCUCCCUUAUUUGAAUCCACAUCUCUUCUUAUACAGGGUGUCCAGAGAAAUUCCGCGGAAAGUGUUUGCCGAUUUCUCGGCGCUCAGGCAAGAUAUCCAAAAAAUUCUUUUUGCAUUAGAAAGAAGACUAUGGGCGGUUUUUUUUCUAAAAAGUUUUUUUGUCCGCCGACGCGGAACAUACUGUAUUCGGCGGAGACUUUUGGUAGCUUUUUUGGUCAUCACACCAAUCUUAAAAGCUUCAGUACGAUUUCUGAUGGUUAAGAAGAGAAUGUUAUCUUAUUUUUAUGUUUACCAACCGUUCGGCAAUGGAAUGGCGAGUUUUCCGUAUCGGCGGAGGCCACAACUCAGCUUCGGAUAGGAGAUGUCCCAAACAUUAUGUGGCUAGCGUUCUUUGCUGAUCCCAUAUGCUCUCCAAAAUUCCGUCGCCAAGCCUUGGCAGCAUCUUAGCCAUCAGUAAACGACUUGGUGCACCAGAAAACAACAAAAUAUUUUUUGUUUGAAUUUCUCUUUGCCCCACUGUUUCAAACCUCCGCACGAUGCGGUCGGACUUUAUCGCCGUUGACGAAACUACACAAUGCGGUGCAGUCGCUAAAUGCAAUUGCAUAGCGUUGUCGUCGGUCCCUUGAUCCUCUGCAGAAAAAACUGAAGGCUUCCCGAUAGUUUCAGGAUCAUAGCAAAGCGCUUAAGAUUGGUGUGAUGACCAAAAAAGCUACCAAAAGUCUCCGCCGAAUACAGUAUGUUCCGCGUCGGCGGACAAAAAAACGUUUUUAGACAAAAAACCGCCCAUAGUCUUCUUUCUAAUGCAAAAAGAAUUUUUUGGAUAUCUUGCCUAAGCGCCGAGAAAUCGGCAAACAAUUUCCGCGGAAUUUCUCUGGACACCCUGUACAUCGUCUUCUAGCCCUUCUUUCCUUGUAGCCCCAAAACUAGCUUCCUUCUCUCCGCAGGCUUCAUUUCUAGCCAUCUUUAUUCUUUAGACUCCAUUUUCUAACCCCGUUCAUUUCCUUCAACUCCAUUUCUUACCCCCAUCUUUUCCCCAUACCCCGACUUCCAGCCCCCGAAACCACUGACUCAGCCGGCUUCCGAAGAUCCCAUAGAUCCCCCCGCUUCCCCUCGACUCCAUUCAUAAUAUCCCCCAUGUUUCGUCGCUCCGAUCUGCAUCCUGGAAUCUGCGCGCGGAGACGAAAAGGAAUCCCUCUCUCGCUGUCUCCCUCGCCCCUCAAACUCAGCGAAAGUCGGAAGUCGCCGCAACCCACUGCACUCCAAACCCAGAAAAGACGGGAGAAAGCGGGCGUUGGGGAGAGUAAGACCGUCCAAGGUUACGAUCGAAAUCGUCGGUCCGCCCCCCCAAAAGUUUUACAACCCCAAAAAACAAGAAAAUUAGUGGAAAAGUAGGGGAUUGGGGGAAGCGCAGGUAGCCAGUGUGGAAAGAGGAAUGCAAAAAACAGAAAACAGUCUGGAAACGGGGGAAGAAAAUGUGAUUGGAGGUCAGGGAAUGAUAGGAAAUGAAGAAACGAGCGGCUACUGUAAGGGUUCAGAUGAAAAGUCUCAUUUCUCAGCGGGUUAGUCUUUAAUUUUCUUGAAAUUUUGGAUAUAAUUUUCUAGCAUAUUGCACAAGAUUAACUGAAAAUUUGAGCUCAUAAUAUUCGUGGACGGCUGAGAUAUUCGAUAAUUUUUGCUGACAAGAGCUCAUAGCAAAUGAGGAGAGACGGUCAGAGGGAAAUGAGAUUUUUGUUGCUCAAAUCAUCCUUAGAGUCCCAGCAAUAUAAAAUUUAGAGGUUUACAGCUAAAAAUUGAAUAGCUUUCUGCAAAGCACAAGCCAAAAUCUCCCAUAAACAUAAGAAAAUCCAAAUCUAACUUUUGGCCAAGCUCCAUCAUAGCUUGAGCCUCGUAUCAGCUGAUUAAUCUGGCUGGAAAAUAAUGAGCCCAAUGUCGUUGCGUCAAUCGCGUCGCUGAAGUGAAAAGCAAUUUGAUUUUGCCACAACACAAUUCAUUUUCUCAUCGGCGAUGCGAUUUUCGCUACGACAGAAUGCUCUUUAUUUUCCUGGCAGACUGACAUACAUGCAUAGACAUAUCUUGAGCAACUGUCUUCAGCAAGAUAACCGAUCAUUGUAUUGUAAGAUCAAGCCUUCCUUUCUCUUCAAAUCGCUUCCUUUCAUAAUGUUCUUGCUGUUUUUCUGAUCAUUUCCCCUCCUUCCCUCGGCUAUUGUAACUUAUUCCACAGCACGCAAUCCGCAGCCCUUGUUCAUGUCAUUGGCGCGUGGCUCCGCCGCCUAACGCCCGCUGAAACAGGCGGCUGCGCAACGCGUCAGCCGGCUGGUUUUUCUCGCGAUUCCGGAAAGUCUCCCCGCCACCAAACAUCGCGGACCUUCAGCCCGAAAUGGGCGAGGAGGGAAGAAGGUCGCGCGGUCGCGGUAACUCGGACGGCUGGCAAGGAGAGGGGGGAGAGAACGGAGAGAAAGUGGCUGAAUAAUCGGAAAAGGGAAUUCGUUUUCCCUCCAUGGGCGAAUUAGGGAAUCCGGCGACCUUGACGAUGCGCUCCUCCUCGGAAGACGAUUAUCGGUCGGUCGCCGAUGGCGGUGUGGAUGAAGACGGAGAGAGGAGGCGAGGAAUGACAAGGGAUGGUGGUCAGGGAAUGAUUGAGACGUGA